UUCAACUCUGUCUCUUCUUCUUUCUCCUCCUCUUACUCAACUCUUCCAUUGCCCAGAAAACAAGCUCCACCGCACAACCGCGCACGCUUAUCCUUCCGUUGUCUAAAGACAACCAAACCCUCCAAUACAUAACAACCAUCUACCGUGGUACACCUCAAACAGCAGUAAAUCUCGCCGUAGACCUUGGUGGCCCCUUCCUCUUCAUGUCCUGCAACUACACCUCUUCCACCUUCCACAUACCGCACUGCGGCUCUCCGCAGUGUUCCAUCGCCAAGGCCUACUGUAAUAGCCUCUGUGAUUCUUCCUCUCCUCCCGCAUUCUGCGGUCCCAACAACACUUGCGAUCUCAUUCCUCUCAACUCCUUCACCCAAACCAACGACGCAGGGUACGUCGCAGAGGAUGCCGUGGCUGUUCGAUCCGCAGAUGGCCACGCCAUCACGGAUUCUAAUUUCAUCUUGUCUUGUGCUUCCAAAGAUGUCUUAUCCGGUCUAGCCAGUGGCACCCAAGGCAUCGCUGGACUCGGUCGGAAUCGGAUUGCAUUGCCGAUUCAACUCGCCUCAGCAUAUAACUUGACUCGGAAAUUCGCGGUCUGCUUGCCGGUGGUGACGACAAUAUCGAUUAGUGGAUCGUCGGCGGGUGUUAUGUUUAUUGGCGAUGGUCCGUAUACGUUCCUUCCAAAUGUCGACGUGUCAUCGUCUCUGAUCUACACGCGGCUUUUGACCAAUCAGGUGAGUACAAGUGGCACUCCCUUUAAGAAAGAAUCAUCGGUGUUGUACUUUGUACCGAUGAAGUCUAUUAAGAUCAACGGUAAGGAUUUGUCAUUAAAUUCAUCUUCGUUUAUGAUCCGUCGAAAUGGGUCCGGUGGAGUGAAGAUCAGCACAGUGGCAAACUACACUACCAUGUCACGCUCCAUAUAUAAGGUCUUUACUAAGGCAUUUGUUAAAGAGGCUGAAGCCAUGAAUAUAUCCAGAGUAGCAGCAGUGGAGCCUUAUAAGGUGUGUUUCAGCUCUAAGAAUGUGUUGAUUACACGAGUGGGACCGGCUGUACCGACCGUUGAUUUGGUAUUGGAUAAUGUGAACUCGACAGGGGUCGUAGAUUGGAUGAUCUUUGGUGCCAAUUCAAUGGUACAAGUGAAUGAUAACGUAUUGUGUUUGGGUUUCAUGAAAGCGAGUGCGGGGUCAACGGUUUCCACAAAACUAAGGGCUGCGAUUGUAAUCGGAGGGUAUCAGUUGGAGAAUAAUCUAUUGGAGUUUGAUCUGGCUAAAUCAAGGCUAGGGUUUAGCUCUUCGCUCCUGUUCCGCCAAACUACCUGUGCUAACUACAACUUCACAUCUACGGCCUAG